UUAUUCUGAAGUUGUUGUGUUCAAAUCUACUUGGUUCGUGUCAUAUUGACACGUCGCCACAAGAGCGGAAUCGAGAAAGUCUCAGUUGUUUGGUAUUUCGUCGCUUACAGUCCUUACAACUUGCAGUCGCCUCUCGAAAAUGCUUCUUUAUCCAUGGGCGUCCGAAAUUCCUGUCUCUAGAUUCGAGAAAGCGGAUUCAACGGGUUUUUAUCAGGUAAAUAAUAAAUUCGGAACGUAAGCUUAAAUGAAAACAGCAAAUGAUGAUGAAAUUUUUCUUGCGGUUGCUAUUUUCGCUCGUGACAACACCUCGGUGCUGCAGCUGAAACUCACACUGUUGUCAAUAUCAAAACCUAAAUGGUUUUGUAUUUAAAUGGUUUUGUUCUCGAGAACACAUUUUUUUUCGACCUUUUCUCGAGAGCACCGUUUCAACUGAGUAUUUCUACACCCUUCCCGUUUGGAAAUUGUUUUCGUGCGAAGUUCCAAUAAGCACAUGGCCUGCGCUCGAUCGAAGGUAUCAAAUGUUUGCCAUGCAUAGACCACCAUGGAUAGUGGACGUAGAAACCGAUUACAUCCUCGGCAUGUCUCGAUUUCGCCGUAUCGGCUACCUGUGUGGAGAACGCAAUAUUUAUGUUAAAUCUCUGGAUUGUUGAGUUCAAUUCUUUUUGUGGCAAGUGAAUGCGUUGUUUAUAAAAAGUCCCCCGUGUGGGAGGGCUUGUUUUGAAAUCGCGACUCGUAAUGAUUAACUUUCAACGCGACUCGAUCGAUGUACAAGUUAUGGCUCGGUAGUGUUAAACCAACCUGUGUGAACAAACUUCUUUUGAGUUGUUUUAGAAUACGAACUACGGCUACUUGAGAAACACAACGCAAAACCCGUUACUCGAAAGCAGAAAAUAAACUUCAAGCGUACGCUUCAAAACUUUGCCCUGAGGACAAAUUUAACAAAUCGCUUUUCAUUCGCUCGUUUGCUAAUAGUGGGUAUUAGAGCAGAUGUUGUCCAGAGUCGGAACUUUUGGCUGCGGUACAAGUUCGUAAUCCUUUUGGAGUGUUUUUCUCGUUCUCCAUCAAAUUAUACGCCUUAAGUGAUCGCAAAUAGUUUGCUUUUUGUCGGCGGUGUGUGUCGGCCUUUUUCUGCUCGGGCGCUCACUGAACUGACCCUCCCACUUUGCAUAAGUUCAAACUUGCCUGCCAAUACAAUACACAAUAAAUGGAGGCAUCAAUUAGAUUUCGGAUUCUUUUCAUUACUUCUUGCUGAGGUGCCAGUUGAGUGAAAAUCGCACAAAGCGAAGCAAAACGGCGGAACGUGUUUAUUUUGAACGUUCUAUUUCAAAAAUACUGCUCGCUGUGAGCCUCGUGGGUCGCACGGCGCCAUUCGUAAGCCUAAUGAUGGCAAAUAUGUUAGAAUACAAAACAAUGUGUGUCCGCACACGGAAUACCCAAAUUAUUUUGACAGUAGGCAUCUCGGCGGGAGGGGGCCGCGAGAUCGAAAAGGUUCAACCGUUGUUUAACACUACAAAACGACAAAAAGCAUAGUUCAAAUAGCGUACGUGAGGAAUGAUGCCCUAAAAUGAUUUGUUUUCGUUGCUGAAAACACCUUCGUUUGCCUUAUUUACAUAUAAAUGCCAGCGUUAUAUUACUCUUGGGCUGUCAGUUUUAUUUGGAGAAAGACAUUAAUCGCUUUAUUUUUACGACAAGACACGUAUCUUCGUUGAAUCAGAUAUUUCUCAAGUACUUAAACAAAUUUGGCGCUGUAAUUUGUCGCACCGAAGUGUCAUUUUCAGGACAACAUUCCAAAGGAAAACUAUUUAUAGGAAAUUCCAAUGUCAAUAGUUUUAUUAAUUAAAAUAUUAUUUCCGUGGAUGGAUUUCUUGACCCAAAGCGUAAAUCAGAUUCUCAGGUCUUCUACACCAAACUCGAAAACCACGAUUACGAGGGGUUGACUUUUUUAUUAAUGUUUGGAAACCUAAAAGUUCUCGAGCAAUUCGAAACAAUUCUCUGCAUUAAAAAUGGUGCACAAUAUAAGCGAGACUCUUAACAUUAGUGAUUGCGUGUUUAACGUGUCUGGUUGCAAGACCGGAAACUGUUGAUUCGUUCUUAAACACAGCUGGAAUUCACUUUCCCAUCGGAACGAUCUUUUCAUGUAUUAUAAAUCCGGCAUGUUCGCACUGAGAUGUGUACUGUACGGCUUUGACGAUCGUUGUCAAGUUGAGUAUUACCAGCUUUAAUAGGAGUGGUGACGAACUAUUUCCUCUGUACAAGUUCUACACUUCGCAAAAAUACGGAAAAUAAACAAUUUGUUCCGAAGCACGCUCUGAAUUAAAUGAAAACAGGAAGGUGCAAAGGGGGUAACGGAUGGUUAAAUUUCGGAACCAAGCUGAAGGACAGAAUUGAAGCAAAUAUGGUGUGAUUUCUGCCGGACCGAAAGAUGGUUAGCGCCUUCAAUAUCUCGCGGUUAAUUUUAUUAAUUGUAUUUUUAUGUAACUAAGAUUUAGCCAUUGAAUUGAUAAUAGAUAAUUCCUUGGCAUUUUGUAGUUUUAAAGCUUGAAAUCUUGUCGUAAAGACAGAAAUCGUCAUUGCGUGACCGACUGAGACGCGUUAAAACUUUACCUCUGUCAAUCAGAUUCGCGGGCGGUUCCAUAGGAGUAAUGGCUGCUUCACUUUUUUUUUACUCAAAGCGAUAAUCUCUUCAAUCCGGCCAUCUACUUUUGAAACUUGCCUCUGAUACUUCAAUUCUAUCGAGAGCCUUGUUUAAUAUCAAGAGGUUUUCAGGCAAUAAGUUAACAAAGGUUGUUUUCUGAAACAAGCUGUGCUGAUGAGUUUAUUUUCUGCACGGAAAUUCGCUGUUAGAACUGUGGAACUAUAUCGUAAUUGUCUUAAUUGUUUAGUUUUUCGUCUCGUUAAAUAAGAUAACGCACUUUUGGAUCGCUCAAUAAUGAGUUAAGACGAGGGAAAUGAUAUUUUAAUGAGAAAGAAUUUUAGAAUUAUAGUAAAGAACAAAAACCCGCUUUUUAGUCGAGUAGGUCGUGUCGCCCUCACGUGAGUUUCACACGUUUUAAAAUCAGAAAAAAGGUUCUCACGGAAACCUUUCUCUUUUGCCUUUUUUCUACAAUUUAAGGUCAUAAUUUGGAGAGUCAAGAAACAGUAUCGUUGGCAUGUGAAAUAGCGCGGUUUUGUCAGCCAGCUCUUUUAACAGAACGAUUCCUUCUGCUGGCAGGUGACAGCCAUACGACUUUGUCGUCUCAGCUCUAAUGUCUCUGACAGCCGAACGCUUCCCCAAACUUUCUUUCUGCGGCAAAUUGACGCGUAUCUACAACGAUUUGAAAAACAAAAGUUGUGGUAUCAUUCCAGCCUUUUUACCUUAAAAAAUCUAAUAUUUGGCGUGAACUAUUACAAACUUUAUUUACGCGCAUUUCCGCAAGCCCUUUAAAUGAGCUGGCUUACUGCACCUAAGAAUUAACUGGCUUGUUGAAAACAAACGUCAACAAUAAUAAUACUAAAACCGUCUUACUAAAAUGUCUCAGUGGCUUUUUCAAGGAAUCUGCCUAAACAUGCUGAACAUUAGGGAAUUGUUAUCGCGGAAAUCUAGAAUUUCCACCAGGCACCAUCAGUUUGGACAAUGAUGAUUGGCAGAGUGCCUGUGGAACUGAACAAUAGCUCCAUGCGCGCGGAUCAAUGAUAACAUUACGCCGAAGUGCGUUGGUCGAAAGUCGAUGUGGCCAAAGAGCAAACAAAAUGCGCUUUGGAAAGCUUGGACUUCUCCAUGUUAUUAUUUUGUUAUCGAUCGCAACCCUAUUUUCACCAACUGACGGCGUGGAAGCAAAAAAUAAGACAGUAUAUGCGUUGGGAAUUAAUUGUGUCCCAGGGACAUUUAUCACAAAUACUGGAUGCCAAAAAUGCCCCAACGGGACAUUUUCGGACAAAAACAAUGCUACGAAAUGUUCACCGUGCGACAGAUGUAUCGGUAGACACAAUGAGAUAGUCAAGUCUUGUACAAGCUCUUCCAACACGAAGUGUUCUUGUCAGCCCGGUUACUACUACGAUACCCACCUAACGUUCUGUUUAAAAUGUACCCCGUGUAAAAAAGGACGAGGAGUAGUUAGAAAUUGUACGGCCACUAGCAAUACCGAGUGCGAACUCUGUGUAAAGGGCGAAACGUUUUCAGACGAAAAAAACUUGGAAACAUGCAAGACUUGUAGGGUAUGUCCGAAAGGACACAUCCUUCAGAAAGAAUGUUCAAGAAGAACAGACGCGGUCUGUGUUCCCGAAAAGGACAAAAACAAUUCUAAAGUGCCAAGGAUACCAAAGGUAUCGCAAGGAACGGCGGUAACAAGGCCGCCAGUACGAAACAGAACGACAACAACAAAGAAAAAACGACGGAAGAAUACCACAAUACGUGUCUCGACUGAACCUGUUACAGCACAGAACCAGUCCUUGACCCCAGUCCCCAUCCAGGACGACACGGACAGUGAAGAUGACACAGGACUUCAGGCUGUCCUGUAUUCACUGGUUGCUGUUGUAGUGGUUCUCGUUGUUGUUUUCGUACUGGUGUACCGGUACAGGAGAGGGAAUCGACCGAGAAAAAAGCCUAAACCAGGGGGAGAGGAACCAAGUACAAGAUCAAACUCGAUAGACGUUAUAGAGGCGGUUGAAAAUCCCUACAGUUCACUGCCUUUUGGCAUCAGCAAGCAGGGUCAAGAGAAAAUGCUUCGAGAUGUGCCGUACACACUCUUCAGCGAACUGGCUUUUUAUUUAAAUCCCGGCGAAAGAUGGAAGCGCCUGGGAGGUCAGCUCAAAUUCAAUAGCACACAGGUUAACACCUUUGCUCUGGAGAAAGGAAAUGCCACACAGGCCAUGCUUCAGGAAUGGGGUCAAAAGGAUGGAGCCACAGUAGUGGCGCUGCAAAAUACGUUUCGAAAAAUGAAGUGGACAAAAGAAGAGAGAAUAGUUGGAAAGUAUGUGUAACGUCAUUCCUUAUCUCCUCUGGGAGAAUAAGGCCAUAAGGAAAGUAUGUGUAGCACUGAAAUAAUUUUCUGUGGUAAUUACUGUAUGUUGUUGCCCUGAAUGGCAAAAAAUAUCCCAAUGAAAUAUUUCGUUUACCAUCGUCAGAGAUUACCCUGUUUCAAAACAAAUAAAAUAAGUUGAAAAUGGAGAUUCAAAUUUGACGAAAUGACGAAGAAAACGCGGAGACGAGAGAAAUAAUUAGUGCGAAUUUUUCGUUUACGCUUUUUUUUUGCAGCGUCGCCAGGGUGAUGCUUGUCGAUGGAAAACGAAGAAUUUGUACAAUAUUUGGCUGGUAGCCCGUUCAAUGUACAUUUAGUUUACUGUAAAUUAAUUCAAAAUUACGAGUCAAAUUUAAUAAUUUAUUAUUGUGGAGUACUGGUUAGAGUAUUUUCCGAAAACGACAAACUUCUGAGAAGAGGGUGAAGAAUUUGAACGUUCGUGAAUAAGUAAGAGAAAUUGGUUGUCUAAUGCCAGUGUCUAUUAGCACAAAUGAAUAUUUUUUCGUUCAAGCUGGUUCUAAAACAGGCUCUUGGCGAAAGAGAGAGAGAAAGAAUUUGGUAUUUUAUGCCGUUUAGUAGUCACGUAGUUGACGAAUGAAAUAUUGAUUAUUAUUAAACGCUGAUAAACAUGAUGGGGAAAACCCGCUUACUGCAAAAUUUGAAACGAAAUGAUUGAAUUCUUCCAGUUAUUUAGAAGUAUGGAUUGCAUACUAAGAAAUAAAAUGGACGGCUAGAUUGCAAUUAGAUUAAUUGUAUAUAUCACUUUUCAGAUUUCCUUAUCUUUUUUAAGUCGAAUUGACAGGUCUUUUGUUGUUUAAAACAGUCUUUUUAAUUGCAGCAUUUUGUUUGCAAAGUAAGCCUUUUUAUGGCAGAACCAUUUUCUACAGUGUCUUAUUUUUGUACACAACUAAAAAAGUCGAUUUUAUUAAUUCUAUUUUGCGCAGGAUUAUAGUAUAGUAAAUAUUUUCUUAUCAAACUAUAAGGAAUAAAGCUUAAUUUCGUUCGGAAAUAAUUUUGUAUUGUCGCGGAACGGUUUUGAAUGAAGAGCGAGGAAAGUUCGUUUUCGCUCGACUUUUGUAUCAAACAAUGCAAUAUUGACUAUUGAAUCGCGAUGAAACUGUUAAAUUCAAUUCAGUUUAUAUUUAAUUAAUGGAUAUUUCACUAUCAAAAUGAAUAUAUUUGUAUUGAGCGUUUUUCUGAGUUUUAAAGAUACAUGAAGAAUUCAGUUGGUCUUGGCAAUCUCAAGUUGUAGAUUAGAAGUUUUUCGAUAUAAAACCACAGUGGAAUCCCGAUUUUUUCGAACCUCUAGGAGAAACGAAAGUUUUUUUGAAAUAUCGUUGAAAAAGAGAAAUCGGGCGGGGGGUUGGAUUACAGCGUUCGACUGAGGGGAGGGAAGGGUUGAAUAAAAUCGAGGUUCGAGAAGUCGAGAUACCACUGUCUAUAAACUCGAUUUCUUUUGGUGACUUAAGGCCGUCAUUAGAGAGUAAUAUCCAACGAAAAAAUAUGAAAUUUUUCACGUACUUCUAUUAAGGGGCAGAAAGAAAUGUCAAGGUUAUUAAUAAUCGAUUUCUUAUCGUAUUCAGUGUGCAGCUUAUUGCACGAUGAUAAUUAAGCUGGUGGAACAGAAUAUAAAAAAAGUGUAAAGAUAUUAUUAUCGUUUGUAAAAUCCCGUCAUUGGGAUGAAGAGUAUGAUGAAUCAUUGUAUCUGUUUGGUCUCCUGCGCGGGUAGCUCGUUGGACUCGUCACGCAAGAUUGCCUGACGACCCCAAAGAGCGUCUGUGUUGGAGGUUAUGUAUCUGUUAUGCUCGAUGAAAAUUUAAACUAAGGAUAUUCCUGGAUAAGGUGUAAGGAAUUUGUUUUGAGAAUGGAGCAACGUUAGGGCUUGAUUGAAAUACGUACCGUGGGGAAGCUUGCCUUCUCAGCAAGUUGUUGGCUUUGCAUUGAAACUUAAACGAAUUGUGACAUGUUUUUUUUUAUGGAAUGCAUAAAAUUACACAUUGUGAGCCUAUAAAAAAAUCAAAAUGAUAAUUGACUGACGCAGAAAAAAAACAUGAGAGGUAGACUAAACUUUCAAGAAGCCGUGAUAGUUCAGAUUGGUGAAGAUUAACCAGGAUUAAGACAAAUUUGGCCGGAACGAAAGACUUGAAAAAUAAUUAGCUAAAGUUUUUGAGAUCUGCCACUCGUAGAUGGCAGGCCAACUGCGGAAAAGUUCACUAAAAAGCCAAGAGUUUUGCUCAGGAAAUCGGGAGGAAUGCAAUUGAACAUCAAGUGUAAUUAAUUCAACUUGGAUUCUUUUUGGUAGCGUUUCAAAAGCACAUCAAACCGAUUCAAUUCUCGUACGGUAAGGCCAUUAGUCUUUUUCCCAGCAUAGAUUACUGAGCACUUCUUUUAAUUAUGAAGACAAUAGUGCCCGGUUGAUGAUUUUCCUUAAUCUCAUUACCUCACUUCUUAGCAAUGUAGUGUUGCUGCAAGGAGAAAUUUGAUCUGAUCACUCUUAGGGCGUACCGGAGAAACGCAAUGUUAACCAGGAGAAGGGUUUAUUUAAGGGAGUAUAUAUAUAUAAAAAAAAAAAGAAAUCCUAUUUAAUAUGUAAUUUAUUCGCCAGGUAAUCAUGUAAUUUUUUGCUUUUCCGUUGCGGAAUAUUUCCAAAUUAUUUGAGCAAGAGCUUAUUUUUGUUACACUUUUGUAAUAAAGUUGAUGAACUGGCUUCACGUUA